AUGACCGAUGGUGGCCGUUUGCGUGAUCCACAAUCGCGCUGGGGCGGAAUAAUGCGCGAUAUCACCAGUACCAACUUUGAGCAGCAAAACAUUGAAUUUAUCCAGUUUUGGGUGUUGAGUCCUUUCACCCCCAAUGGCGAUGACCCAACGCCCACGCGAGGGGGCGAUAUUUAUAUCAACCUGGGCAGCGUUUCGGAAGAUAUAUUGCGCGAUGGCCAGCAAGCCAUUGAAAACAGCGUUCCGGUAAAUGGCGAUCUUUCAAAACUUGACUCUACCAUUUGGGGCUAUGCCAGUGAUGUGCGCCCGCCAGUAAUUGCCUUCGACAACGACCCGGCCGCCCGCACCCAACAAGAUAUUGGCUAUGAUUUGCUUACCGAUGCGCAAGAAGCCGCCUGGAGCUAUGAUACCACCUAUGGCAACUAUCUGCAGCGCAUUGCCAACAAUUUGGGCGCGGCUAGCCAGGCCUAUAAAUUAGCGGAAAAUGACCCGGCCGCAGAUAAUUUUCAAUACUAUCGCGGUUCUGAUUUGGAUCAGGCCAGUGCCGAUGUGUUGGAGCGCUACAAAAACUUUAACAACCCCCAAGGCAAUAGCGACCCCACAACGGUAGAUGGGGUAACUGCCUUUGCUACCAAUGUUCCCGAUAUAGAAGACAUUAACCGCGAUCAAACGCUGAGUAAAACCGAAACCUAUUUCCAGUAUCGCAUUAGCAUGCGUCCGCAGGAUUUGAACGAGGUUGGGCAAAAUUAUAUUACCGAUAUUAGAGAUGUCCCCGUGAGCGAUCAAGCGGAGCAGCCCGAUGGACUGAAAAGAAAUGCGCGUUGGAUUCAAUUUAAAAUCCCGGUUUUCAACCCCGAUAAAAAGGUUGGGCCAAUAGGCGAUUUCCGUUCCAUCCGUUUUAUCCGCAUGUUCAUGAAAGACUUCCCCGAGCCGGUGGUGGUGCGCUUUGCGCGGAUGGAGUUUGUGCGGGGCGAAUGGCGCAGGUACCGUUUCAGCCUGGAUGGCACCCGCGACCGCCUGAGCCAGGACGACCAGGAGAACACCACCUUUGAGGUGAAUGCCGUUAAUAUCGAGCAGAACGGAUCGCGGGAGCCCGCCUUAUCCUUGCGCAUUCUCAAUUUGGAGGAUGGUGACGCCCGGGCGGUUUUCAGAAAUAUAGAUUUUGACAUGCGUUUGUACAAGCGCCUGCGCAUGUUUACUCACGUAGAAAGCGCGGGCCCAACAGACGAUCUGCAAGACGGUGAUCUCACGGUAUUCAUUCGGCUGGGAGCCGAUUACGACCAAAAUUAUUACGAGUACCAAAUCCCCAUGGAGGUUACACCCUGGGGCACAUCUGCCGAAGAGCGGGAGGUGAUUUGGCCGGCCGCCAAUGAGUUGAAUUUUGCCCUUGAUAUUUUACGCGAUGUAAAGCUGGAGCGAAACCGGGCCUACCGCCAGAGUGGGCAGGUAAUUUCAGAUCCGUACACGGUAAACCGCAGCGGUGGGGAAGUAACCGUGGUGGGGCAACCCAAUUUGGGGAAUGUGCGCACCAUUUUAAUUGGGGUGCGCAACCCCAAGCGCAGGUUGCUUACCGAUGCCGAUGAUGGCAUGGCCAAAAACGCAGAGGUUUGGAUUAAUGAAUUGCGCCUUACGGAUUUUGACCAGCAGGGCGGCUGGGCAGCCAAUGCACGUGUAGCUGCAAAGUUGGCCGAUUUCGCCAAUGUAUCGGUGAGUGGCAGAACCAGUUCGGUGGGUUUUGGAAGCCUUGAUCAGAGCGUUAGUGAAUUUCAGCAGGAGGAAGUGUACGCUUACGAUCUGCAGUCGAGCUUUGAGUUGGGUAAAUUCUUUAACAAAGAUAUUGGCUUGCGCAUCCCCAUGUUUUAUGGCACCAGCGAGCAGUGGAUUAACCCCCGAUUCAACCCGCUGGAUCCCGAUGUGGAGUUUGAUAGGGCCGUUGAUAACCUGGAAACCGAAGGACAACGUGACUCUCUGCGGCAGGCCUCGCAAGACUAUACGCGCAGGCGCUCGUUAAACUUCACCAAUGUACGAAAGGAGCGCACCGGUAAGCGGGCGCAGGAAACUCCGCAGGUUUACGAUAUUGAAAACUUCUCGGCCACCUAUUCUUUUAACGAG